AUGUCGGACUCCCUGCAAAGACCCGGCUUAGCUCGACACAAUAGCACACGUAGCCGGCUAUAUUUAAGAGCGGCCAGGUGCCGACCCGCUCACGCCCCUCGGUGCCAUCGCCCCCCGGUUCUUCACCUCGGGACAGAACCGAGCUGCACGUCUCACAGAGGGAUGGACACUGAUGAAGAAUACGCUGAAGAGGAGCUCAGUGACUACAUCAUCCAGCUCAGUAUUCAAGAGUCCUGCCAAGAUGCUUUUCUGAAAUCUGCAGCAAGUUUAGAAGCAGCGACGGAUGAAAGUCUGAAGGUCCUGGCAGCGAUCGGUCAAGGUGAGGUCCCGACGCUGCGGGGGAUGCUGAGGCACACCUUCGCCUUCAGGGAGCGGGACAUUCACGGCUGGCUCCCCCUCCAUCGAGCCGCCUCGCAGCCGGUCCUGGAGGUUCUGCAGACCGUCCUGACAUUGGGCGCUCGGGGGCUCGACCUAGAGGAGAGGACGGCGGUGGGGGGGGAGACGCCGCUGACGCUGGCGGUGAAAGCCGGGCUGGUGGACAACGUAAGGAGCCUGCUGGAGCACGGCGCCUCGCCUCUCAACGCCAACGGCAGCAACGAGUCGCCGCUGCUGCUAGCGGUGAAGGCCGGCUCGUGCGAGAUGGCGUCCGCGCUGCUGGCGCACAGCGCCUGGGUGGAUCAGGUCUGCCGCAGGAGGAGGACGGCGAUGCACGAGGCGGCCGCGGCCGGAGACGUGGACGUCCUGAUGCUGCUGCUGAGGAACGGCGGCCGCGUCACCCAGAGGGACGAAUCGGGGAGGACGCCGCUGGCCUUGGCCGCGGAGCACGGGCACUUCCACGUGGCUGAGAUUCUGCUGAACUGUGGUAGCUCAGUGAAUUCUCAGGCCUGUAGCGGGGAGAGCGUCCUGCUGGACGCGGCCGGGUCCGGAAGCACCGCUUGCAUCCAGCUGCUGCUGGACAACGGAGCCGACCCCAACCUGCCGAGUGGCACCGGUCACCUGCCCGUCCACAAGGCGGCACACGCCGGACACCACGAUGCCCUGAAGAUGCUGCUCCCUCUGACCACCAAGAAGGCCAUCAAAGAGGCGGGCCAGAGCCCGGUGCACUCGGCGGCGGAGGGAGGCCAGCGCCGCUGCCUGAAGCUCCUUUUGGCCCGCGGCUUCAACGUCAACUACCGCAUGGACGCCAGGAACUCUGGAAGCUACCGGGACAUGCGGAGGAGCGCCUUGUACUUCGCCGUCUCCAACGGGGACGUGGACUGCACCCGGAUGCUGCUGGCGGCCGGGGCGCGGACGGACCUGGACCCGCUGUGCUGCCUCCUGGUGGCGGUCCGCUCGGGGCGCCACGAGAUCGUCCGGCUGCUGCUGGCGGCCAAGGCCGACGUGAACCGGCGCUUCGCGGUGGUGAGCGACACGGCGUUCCCCACGGCGCUGCAGUACUGCCUGAAGGACGAGGUGAUGAUGAGGCUGCUGCUCAACGCCGGCUACGAGGUGGAGAGCUGCUUCCACUGUCACCACGACGACGACGCCCCGCGCGCUCCCGAUGAGGCGGGGGGGGAGAUACCUUUCUGCGAGUUCGUGAGCCUCUGCUGCGUGGUGCACCUCUCGGGGGCCGUGGUCCGGACUCUGCUGGACUACGUGGGCCACGUCCGCAUCUGCUCCAAACUCAGGCUCCUCCUGGAGGGGCAGAGGGAGUGGCCCGAAAUACGCGAGGUCCUCAACAGCCCUCGCCCCCUCGGGCACCUCUGCAGACUGGAGAUCAGGAGGCGUCUGACCCUGAAGAGACUCAACAACCCCGAAAUCAUGAGCUCGCUGGUGUUUCCCCCCCGACUGAGGAGCUUCCUGUUGUACCAGGAGCUCGACCUCAGCAGCCCCGAGCGCAUCGUACCAACUUAACCUCGUCUUUCAAUCUGAGUCCUUACAAGAACAAAGCUGUACGAUGAAAAUUAAUAUAAGGAG